UUCUUUAGAUAAGCAAAUCGCCCCACAGUCUGCUCCUUUCCUAGUGGCUAUAUCCAGGUCUUAGUCAAAAGGAAGGGAGGUGCUCCAAGAGACUUCCUCAAAAGUUUCCUAGUCUUGUGUGGGUGUGUGUGUUUGUAACUUUUCCCAUGAGCGUUGUAGAGGAGCUGGUGGCUGCUAUCAAGAGCUCAAACAUGACAAUGGAUGUGAGGUUUGAAGAUAACAAAUGACAGAGUGGUUACAGUGGAUUAUAAUCUCGCACACAUCUCAGUAGGACAACUCAAGUGGCAUCCUGAAAUGGAAUACUGACUUUCUAAAGGCUCCAGUACUCAACCACAAUGAGAGACCGCUUAAAAGAAUUACUCGAGAGGACUCAGGAGUUUCCGGAUGCGGGAAGUCUGAGUUCCAACACCCUGUCUGAGGAUGAGUUUGACACUGGCAAGUCUGUGGUUGUCGGCGUCAUAACACCAGAGGCUGUCCUGUUUGAGGAGGAGCCAGUCAUCGAAAAUUUCCUGUCGGAGGUUCAGCAAAUCCGAAAUGAUAUUGUUACACUGGAGACUGAGGUCCUUAAAUUCAGCCAACAGCAGAAGAUGUUGGUUGCAACUAUGCGGCGUUUUAGUAUCAUGAAAAAGGAGAGCAGCAUAACGAGGGACAUCAAGCUCCAAGCUGAGAGCAUCCACCGACGUCUGGACAAGCUUUCCAAACAAGUGCAAAAAACAGAAGAGCAGCAGGGUCCUGCUGCUGUUACAACGAGAAUACAACGCUCCCAGCAUGCAGCCAUUUAUCUCAAAUUCCAGCAGGUAAUGCGACAGUAUAAUGAAGGACUGUUGACCAAGCAGGAGCGCUGUAAGCACUUCAUUAUCCGGCAGCUGGAAGUCUCGGGAAGGGAUAUGACCGAAUCGGAGGUGAACGAGAUGGUCGCCACCGGAAAAUGGGAAGUCUUCAAUGAGAACCUGUUAAAUGAUGUCAGAAUCACUCGGUCCCAACUAUCUGAGAUUGAACAGCGGCACAAGGAGUUGUUGAGCCUUGAAAGCAAUAUGAAUGAGCUGAGGGACCUCUUCAUGGACAUUUUCAUGCUCGUGGAGGAACAAGGGACCCGCAUUGAGCACAUACAGACCAAUGUAGAGAGGACCCAGGAUUACGUGGCAGUCUCUAAUGAGAAGUUCAAAUUGGCCGCCCGGUACAAAAAAAAGAACCCUCUUCGUCAGAUUUGCUGCUGCUGUUGCCCUCCUUGGAAAUGCUGCUUUUAAAGUUCUAUGAAAUGGAAUCCGGCAUUUCGUAUGUAAGGUGUCUCACUUACCUGUUGGGAGUAAACAACAUUGGAAUCGAGUGCCAUUAAAGUGAAGGUUAUGGUACCGCGGUUCUUGCUGUUGAGCACAGCAAUGGCGAAGACAGAUUCAGCAGAGCAUAGAAAACAAUUAAGGGGGAGGCCAGCAAUUGAUAUUUGAGGCACUUAUUUCUUUGAAGAGAGUGUGAAGUGACUCCUAUUGGAAGAGACAGUUCACUGAGUGCUCUUCACCAACAUCGACUACUUACUGGAGACCUUCAGAUGUCAUCAGAGAGGUCACAAACGAGACUUCUACCUGUGCAACUGCCACUGCUUCUUCACAAAUUCCAUUUGUCAUUUUUUUUUCGUUCUACCAAAAGCACAAGAAACCUUUUAAAAUGCUGUAUUUCGGCAACGCACUUUCAGCUCGUAUUUAACAUUGCGAUUCAUUUAUAUUGUUUCAGAUUUUGAUAAUAGAAAAAAAGGGAAAUGUUUUCAGCAUGUAUUAACACAGUAAGCAUUUAUUUCAUAGUCUGAUCAUUUCAUAUCAGUUUUUGCAGUGGAACCUGGCAUGAAUAGUCUUCUUGUUUCAACAGUUCACUGUUCUAAAUUGUGAAGUGUAAUUUAAAACAUUGCCUGGCAAGUUAAAAAAAAUGAUUUACAAUGGUGCAGUCUGACUGGCAUGGAUUAAUUCAAUGUUGGAUUAUUUCGUAUGGGGAUAAAACAUAUGUAAAGUGUUGACUUAUAUAUAACAUCCCAAAAAGAAUUUUGGUCCAAUGUAGAUUUCCACUGCAAUAUCUGACCAGAUGACAAAGAAAGAUUUGGAUGAAUAAUUCUGUUGCAUAUCAAUAAGUAUUGUUCUUUCAAUUUUUUUUCAUUAUAAUAUUGCUCUGGUAAUAACACAUUUACACUGGACAGUGUGUCAUAUAAUUAACUAUUUUUUCCAGCCCGCGACCCUCAUGAGGAUAAGCGGAUCAAAUAAUGGAUGAAUGGAUGUAUUUUUUCAUAAUUCAUUACGGCAUACAUUUACAUGUACCAGUGUGGGACAAAUAAAGGAUAUCGUAAUAUCUUAAUUUACAAUGUGACUUUUAAUGAUCAGGUAAUGGGUGGAUGGAUGGAUUUUACAAUGCAAUAACAAUGUAAUAUCUGCCACCAGUGGCAGAUAUAUUAACCCAGUAAAAGCAUAUUCAGUGAGAGAUGCCCCGAGAUGCACAGAAGACAGGUGACUUGGGUGCGGCAAUACGAGACCGGAAAAACGGGUUUGUCUGCUACUCCCACAACCGUGCCUUCAAUUCCCACAAGACCAUCUGUGUAAAUAAAACCGUUAGCUUCCGCUAAAGAUGUGUACUUUUUUUUCAUUGAACGUAUUGCUGGUAAAAAAAAUAAAAUAAAACAAAACAAACAUGAAACAACUUGAACAACAGCAAUGUUAAGGCUGACUGGCAGGAUUGACAUUUAAUAAGUCAGUUUGACAUUUUCUCCCAGACACUGGCCAUUCACAUGACAUCUAAUAAACGCUACCUAUCAAUAUGGUGUUUUAUUUAGGGAACAUGUUAUUUACAAGGAUCCCCUGGGUCUAGUAGAGGAACCAUGUGGGAUUUCUGCCAGGUAUUUACUGGCAUUUCAGAGGCAUCAGAAACGUGUUUUUUUUUCCUGAGCCUUGCACUGAUUGGGGUGACAUUUUUAAAGGAGAACAUAAAUGUCUUUAGCGCGUGAUCUUCAAAAUGGAAACGAAAUGACAAUAUAUGACUAUGCUGCUCGUCAAGCAUACUGUGCUGUAUUACCUCACCCCAAAAAUAAAUAAAUAAAUAAAUACAUAAUACAGGUUCCAGAGCAGCAACAAUGCCAUCCAGUGUUCACUCACAUAGUUGCCAGUUGAAUGUACAGUAAUCAUUGACUCUAAAUGAGAGUGACAAAGGCUGAUUUUUAUUUAUUUUUUUUACUUACACUUGAAUCAGAUUGAGAAUCGUCCACUUUGUAGGUUGUAGUUGUAUCACAGAAUUGUACUUAUUUUUUUAAAAUAGUUAAUGGCAGGUGAUGACAAUCUUAACAAUGGCAGUAGAGAAACCUUUGUUGAAGAAUUGUUGAUACCAACUGAAGGCCAUCAGCCAGCUUCAUUCACACAUUCCCCUCAAGUCUCUCUUGAAAAAUGUCUUCCCACCACGUCAUUUUUACAGCUCCUACUUAGCUUUCAUUUAUUAUUUUUUUCCCUACCUAAAGACCAAGUUGACGUUACUGCAUGGUUUUAUUAGGCCCAUUUGAAAACUGAAAGCUAGAAAUUUUGUUCACACCACCUCGCACUCGUUUUUUGCACUGUCAUACGUGUCAACUUGUACGUUUUCCCUGUAUUGUAUGCGCUUUUUUGAUCAUUUCAAAUCAUUUACGGCGUAUUACAACUUUUACACGGGGUUGGGGGGGCAAUUGUGAACCAGUCUCACAAAGACCAUUUUGGCUCAAAUCCAGAUAGUCUCACCUGCUGGUAGCCAACGACAAUACCAUCGUUGAUCGCUACUAUUGUCACGGCAAACCAGCAAAAGUAAUCCUCAAUCGUAUAUUUUUUUUCAUCGUUGCUUGAUUGAUAAAGCAUGAUGUGCGCAUGCGCGUUAAGCCCCUGUACGCAUUUUUAUUGCUUUGUAGGGGGAAUCGUAAUCAUUUAUAAGAGCAGCUAUUAGCCAAGGUUGACAGGUAUGCAGUGUGUAAGGCAGUUCUAAUCUCAAUAAUUAUAGAAUGUAGCUUUAGUCUGAGUAUAGUCUCUCCUGUUUCUCCAAUAUUUAUGAUAUGAUUAAAUACAUAUUUACUGCGAUGGUGGUGCCCCC